AUGGGCGGCCAAGCCCUCCUCUUUGGGCUCAUGCUCUUCCACGGCGUCCUUCUCCAUGAAGCAGGUUGCUCCAGGAAACACCACAAAGAAAGGCCUCACAAGGGGCACCCUCAGCUCUUUAUGAAGGCAGCAUUAGGUCCUGCCAAGCAACGAGAUGGUGAGUUGAGACCCCCAAACUCGUGGGGCCUGGUGAGGUGCUCGGGCCGUGUGGAGGUAUAUUUUGAAGGCGAGUGGUGCACGGUGUGUGACGACAUGUGGGACGAGAAGGAGGCGCAGGUGGUGUGUCUCCAGUUGGGCUGUGGGAUAGCUGUGUCCGCGCCUGGACAUGCUCACUUCGGCUCUGGCAUCGGCCCCAUCUUGCUGGACAAUGUGCAGUGCUCGGGCACUGAGACCUAUCUGGGUCAGUGCUCCCACGCCGGCUGGUACACCCACAACUGUGAGCACACGGAGGAUGCAGGCGUCAUCUGCUCGGACUGGCCACAACUGCGGCUCGUGAAUGGGUCAGGCCGAUGUUCCGGACGUGUAGAAAUUUUCUAUCAAGGACAGUGGGGCCGGAUAUGCGAUGACCACUGGGACAUGAAUGAAGCAGAAGUGGUGUGCCAGCAGUUGAACUGUGGGCAGGCACUGGCGGCACCUGGAAUCAACAGUCUCUCUAAGAGCAGUUUCCUGAGAGCAGAUCUUCACCAGGUCAGAAGAAUUAAUAUCAGCUUCACUGUCUUCUUCAUCUGCAACAUACCUGCCAUUGUCAUCAUCAUUGUCACCACCCCCAUCAUCAUCUUCAUUGUCAUCGUCAUUGUCACCACCAUCUUCGUCUUCACUAUCAUCUCUGCCAUUGUCAUCAUCAUUGUCACCGCCACCAUCUUCAUCUUCCCUAUUGUCAUCUCCAUCAUUGUCAUCAUUGUCACCAUCAUCCUCAUCAUUGUCAUCACCACUAUCAUCAUCAUCAUCAAUGCUGCCAUCAUCAUCACAACCAUUGUCAUCAACAUUUUCACCUUUAGCUACAUCAUCGUCCCAACUGUCAUUGUCACCUCCAUUGUCAUCCUUGUCUCCAUCACUACCAUCAUCAUCAUCAAUGCUGCCAUCAUCACAACCACUGUCGUCAACAUUUUCACCUUUAGCUACAUCAUCAUCCCAACUGUCAUUGUCACCUACCUUGUCAUCCUUGUCUCCAUCACUACCAUCAUCAUCAUCAAUGCUGCCAUCAUCAUCACAACCAUUGUCAUCAACAUUUUCACCUUUAGCUACAACAUCAUCCCAACUGUCAUUGUCACCUCCCUUGUCAUCGUUGCCUCCAUCACUAUCUUCAUCACCAUUGUCAUCCUCAUUACCACCACUGUCAUCAUCCCAAUUAUCAUCAUCAUCAAUGCCAACACUGUCACCCACAUUGCCAUCAUCUUUAUCACUGACAGUGCCUCAAGACCCUCAGAGAUCACAGUCCCCGCCGCUUCCUCGCCCUCACCUGCAGCCUGGCUGGACGUGAGGCUGGUGAAUGGCUCUGGGCGGUGCCAGGGCCGCGUGGAGGUGCUUCUCCAGGGAACCUGGGGCACCGUGUGUGAUGACCUCUGGGACCUGCCCGAGGCCUCCGUGGUGUGUCGCCAGCUACGGUGUGGCCAGGCCCUGGCUGCUCCCCGGGGAGCCCACUUUGGACCAGGCUCCGGCAAGAUCCUGCUGGAUGAUGUGCAGUGCGCGGGCAGCGAGGCCCACCUGGGGCAGUGCGGGAGCAGGGCGGGCUCCAGGCACAACUGUGGGCACCUGGAGGACGCGGGAGCCGUCUGCUCCGGUGAAGGAGCUGGGGUCCCUCUCAGGCUAACCGGUGGCCCCGGCAGAUGCACCGGCCGCGUGGAGCUUUUCUAUGAGGGAGUGUGGGGGACAGUGUGUGAUGACCUCUGGGACCAGCCAGAAGCCACUGUUGUCUGCCGGCAGCUGGGUUGUGGCCAGGCCCUGGCAGCCCCAGGAGAGGCGCAUUUUGGAGAAGGUUCUGGAAAGAUCCUCCUGGACAACGUGCACUGUGAGGGAGACGAGCAGCGCCUGGAGCAGUGCUCACAUGCUGGGUGGUUCUCCCACAACUGUGGGCACACGGAAGAUGCAGGUGUCAUGUGCUCAGGUGCUGAGAAUGCCACAGUCACUGACACAGGUCUCCCCCUGGCUGCCCAGGCAGGAACAGUAAUAGGAGCAGGAAAGCUCCCAUGUGGUGGCAUAAUCACCAAUUCGUCGGGUGCCAUCAGAAACCCCCCGAAGAAUGAGAUGCAUGACAACAUAACCUGUGUGUGGCACAUCAAGGCCAAUGCUUCUGAUCACAUCCUGCUGGCCUUUCCCUACCUCAGCCUUGACUGCACCAAUGAAUACUUCGAAAUCCUAGAUGGGCCUCCAUCCUCCACCAAGUCCAUCGCGAAGACCUGCGCGGGCUCCUACCUCACCUACUCGUCUGCCUCCAACUCUUUAACUCUCAUCUACUUCAGAAGUUUCAACAACAUUGGAAAAAACUUUGUCGCUUACUAUUAUUCUACAGCCAAAGCUGCAAGUUCGCAGACCCCACGUCUAAUCACCAUCCCAACAGGAAUCCCCAUGCAGGUGACAGCAAGGCCAGGAAACUGGCCAGAGCUACGACUGGUGGGCGGCUCAGGACGGUGCUCUGGGCGUGUAGAGGUGCAGCACGAGGGGGCCUGGGGCACUGUGUGUGAUGACCUGUGGGACCUGAAUGAGGCUGAGGUGGUGUGUCGGCAGCUGGGCUGUGGCCGAGCCACGUCCGCCUUGGGGAAGGCCCACUUCGGUCCGGGUUCUGGGGACAUCUUCCUGGACAACCUCCAGUGUGCAGGCAUGGAGCGCUUCCUGGGCCAGUGUGCCCACUCGGGCUGGUCUGAGCAUAACUGCGGGCACCACGAGGAUGCGGGUGUCAUCUGCUCUGGGGACUGGCCAGAGCUGCGGCUAGUGGGUGGCUCAGGCCGGUGCUCUGGGCGCGUGGAGAUCCUCUAUGAAGGAGCCUGGGGCACCGUGUGUGACGAUCUGUGGGACCUGAAUGAAGCUGAGGUGGUGUGUCGACAGCUGGGUUGUGGUCAGGCCAUGUCUGCCCUUGGGAAGGCCCACUUUGGCCCAGGCUCUGGGGACAUCUUUCUGGACAACCUCCAGUGCUCUGGGCUGGAGCACUUCCUGGGCCAGUGUGCCCACUCAGGCUGGUCUGAGCACAACUGCGGACACCACGAAGAUGCAGGUGUCAUUUGCUCAGCAUUGCUGUGUGUGGCAUCUAAUCCAACUCCGAACAUUCUGUGGCCUCCUGACGUAGCUCUAGUCCUCCCCGGCCUUGUCUGUGAAUACACGGGCUCCUCCCUCAGGCCUCUGUUCUGUUUAGAAAUGGGGCCUGAACUGCGACUGGUAGGUGGCUCUGGGCGCUGCUCCGGCCGCAUCGAGGUGCUGCACGACGGGGCCUGGGGCACUGUGUGUGAUGACCUGUGGGACCUGAACGAGGCCAAGGUGGUGUGUCGGCAGCUGGGCUGUGGCUGGGCCAUCGCCGCCCCCGGAAAGGCCCACUUUGGCCCAGGCUCGGGGGACAUCGUCCUGGACAAUAUCCAGUGCUCAGGGAAUGAGAACCACCUGGGUCAGUGCCCCAGCUCAGGCUGGUCUGACCACAACUGCGGGCACCAUGAGGACGCCGGUGUCAUCUGCUCAGGUACAUUCUCCCCUCCCACAUUUGCCCCAGACACACAUGGUGAAUGGGAGAAUUCUCACUCAGGCUGUGCUUUGCCCCCAGGUAUGGCCCUGAGGCUGGUGAAUGGCAGCCACCGCUGUGAGGGCCGGGUAGAGGUGGCCUACAAUGGCACAUGGGGCACCGUGUGUGACGACAGCUGGGACCUAGCAGAUGCAGGGGUGGUGUGUGGGCAGCUGGGCUGUGGCCAGGCCCUGUCGGCACCUGCCCAGAGCUUCUUCCAGGGCGGAACCGGCCACAUCAUGCUGGAUGACGUGCAGUGCCUAGGCCGCGAGGCCAAGGUGUGGGAGUGUCUACACAGCGGCUGGUUCUCUCACAACUGUGGCCACCAUGAGGAUGCGGGUGUCAUUUGCUCCGACCUGAGUGGCGACAGCCCCAUGGAAGACAAAAACUUCCAGUGUGGAGGUUUGCUCACAAAUAGCUCAGGCUCCUUCUCCAGCCCCUGGUAUCCUAAGAAGUACCCCACCAAUGUGGUCUGCGCCUGGGACAUACAAGUGGACAGCAGAGCUCACGUCAAGCUUACUUUUGAUGUGUUGAAGAUGGAAAACUUCUAUGGCUGUCCCUAUGACUUUAUUGAAAUUUUUGAUGGUCCACAAAUCGUCUUCCACAGUGACGCCAUCGUCACCAACAUCGGCUUCUAUGCCACCUAUGAGUCAUUGGUGCAAGACGAGAACAAUACAGAUGUGGCCCUGCGCCUGAUGGAUGGCAGCCACUCCUGCGAGGGCCGCGUGGAGCUGUGGCGCAACGGCAGCUGGGGCAGUGUGUGUGACGACAGCUGGGACCUGCGGGAGGCCCAGGUGGUAUGCAGGCAGCUGGGCUGUGGUUAUGCUGUGGCAGCUCCAGGCCGGGCACGCUUCCUACGGGGCCUGGGCCCCAUUGCUCUGGACGAUGUGGAGUGUGCGGGCACCGAGUCCUGGCUCUGGCAGUGUCUACACAGUGGUUGGUUCACCCACAACUGCGGCCACCAUGAGGAUGCCGGAGUUGUUUGCUCAGCCAGGAACUGUCCCCUCAUCCUGCUGCAGGAGGUGGAGGUGGCCCUGAAAGGUCUGGACCAGCCUUACAGCAGCUGCCAUGAAUUAGGGGCAGGCGAGGGCCAGAGCAAUGGCCUGCGGCUGGUGGACGGGCAGAGCCGGUGCGAAGGCCGUGUGGAGGUGCGUCGUGGCGACAUGUGGGGCACCGUGUGUGAUGACCACUGGUCCAUUGAGAAUGCCCACGUGGUCUGCAGGCAGCUAGGCUGCGGCCUGGCUGUGUCCGCCCUCCCGGGGGGCCACUUCAACCCAGGCACAGGCAGCAUUGCCCUGGAUGACGUCAACUGCACUGGCAGCGAGUCCUUGCUGGACCAGUGUCCCCACAGGGCCGGGAACGACCACAACUGUGGGCAUCAGGAAGACGCCGGUGUUGUCUGCUCAGACUCCAUCCAGUGGGGGAAGAAGGGAGAGUUUGACUGGAAUGGGGUGGCAGAUCUCUGGUGUCUCACUCCCGGGAAUCUGGGCAAUCUGCCUGAGGUGCGGCUGGCAGAUGGCGGUGGCAGAUGCGAGGGUCGUGUGGAGGUGCGUCACGACGGCACAUGGGGGACAGUGUGUGAUGACCUCUGGGACCUGCCAGCCGCCCAAGUCGUGUGCAGACAACUAGGCUGUGGCCCAGCGCUAGCGGCCCCCCGGAACAGCAUGUUCGGAGAUGGCGUGGGGCCCAUCCUCUUGGACAACGUGCAAUGCGUUGGCGACGAGACCAGCCUGGGGCGGUGCCACCACUUGGGCGUAUCGAUCCAUAACUGUGGGCACCACGAGGAUGCCGGCGCUCCACAGAAGCUGCCCCAGGAGCAGCAGAAGCCAUCCCUGCCAUUGGUAAUCUUCUUCUCUCAUAAUAUCCACUGCGACUUGCCCACAGUCAGGCUGGUGGAUGGACAGAACCGCUGCCAAGGGCGCUUGGAAGUAUAUCACAACGGCUCAUGGGGGACCGUAUGUGAUGACCUCUGGGGUCUCCCUGCUGCCCAUGUGGUGUGCCGGCAGCUGGGCUGUGGGGAGGGCUUGGGGGCCCUGGGGAGCAGCCACUUUGGAGAAGGCACCGGGCCCAUCCUGCUGGACGACGUGCAGUGCCGUGGCCAUGAGACCAGCCUGGGCCGGUGUCGCCACCUGGGCUUAUUCAUCCACAACUGCGGGCACCAUGAGGACGCGGGAGUGGUCUGCUCAGUCCCUCUGCCUACUGCCUGCCCCCUGCACUCUGCCCUCUUCCCUCUGCCAGUGUUUCUCUCUGUGUGUGCUGGUUAUCGGACCAAAUCUUUGGAUUUGGAUGUAACUACAUUACAUUUGGAUGUAACUACGUUAACAGUUCUAGAGAAAUGGUUAGACAAGACCAAAUGCAGCCCUCAGGACAAGAGGGUAAAUGGAGUCAAGACAGGGCCUGUCAAGGCCCAGUCAGAGGUCGAGUUUAGAUUCCCCAAGCCAGCCACCUGGACCCCAACACCAGAUCUUUCCCCAGCUUCUGCCACCAUGGCCACACCAUCAGACCAGCAGCUGCGCCUGGCAGGCGGGCGAGGGCGUUGUGAGGGCCGCGUGGAGGUGCAGCACCAAGGUGUAUGGGGCACCGUGUGCGAUGACCACUGGAGCAUCAAGAACGCGCGCGUCGUGUGUCGCCUGCUGGGCUGUGGCCGAGCCCUCAGUGCCCCGGGCCGCAGCCGCUUCGGGCCUGGUCGGGGCCCCAUCCUGCUAGACAACGUGAGGUGUGUGGGUACCGAGGACGCCCUGGAGCACUGCACCCACGCUGGUUGGGCUCAGCACAACUGCCAGCACCGGGAAGACGCGGGUGUGGUGUGUGCAGCCCAGGUCUCCUGCCUGCCUCACCUCUUCCAAGUCAUCGUUGACCGGGGCUACCUCCGGAGCCUGGGUUACUCCUCCUGGGACAUGCACUUAAAUGACGAGCUGUGCCGCCCCCAAAUCACAGGGCGCUACCUGAUCUUCAACAUCCCAUAUGGCCGCUGUGGCACUGUCAGACAGGAAAACCUUGGCUCUCACAGUUACUCCAACUCCAUCAGAGGAAGAAUCCGGGGCCGCCCUGGCCGAGUCAUCGUGAGGCAUAAAGUGCCUCAGCUCAAGUUCACCUGCCAGGUGAACGCCCCAUCAAACUCCAGGGAGGGCACUGGCUAUGACGUGUCCUUCUCUUUCCUUGAACUGCCCAUGGCUCAGAAGCUUGGGAGCACCGGGCUGUAUCUGGGCAACCAGGCCAAGGAGGUCUUUCUCCAGGCAACUCUGCACAGCUCAGACCCCAGACUGAGGGUCUUUGUGGAUACUUGUGUGGCAUCUCCAGAUCCUCAAGAUUUCACAACGGUCAAAUAUGACUUGAUCCAACAAGGAUGCAUCAAAGAUAAGACCUUUGUCCACCUCCAUUCCGACCAGAAGAACACGGCCCAGUUCAAGUUCAACGCCUUCAGCUUUCUCGACAGCUAUGAUGUGGUCUAUGUGCAGUGUAAGAUCGCUGUGUGCAAAGUAGGGGACUCCUCCCCCCACUGCUCCCAGAGCUGUGCAGGGCGGAAGAAGAGGGGAGCAGGCCCCAGAGUGGCUACAGAAGAACAGACUGCACAUUUCCAAAUGAUAGGACCACUGGAAAUUCAGAAAGGGCUUGAGGAGAGUUAG